CUCAGAUUUUGCAGUUGGGUAAAGCUUGUUCAAGUCAUGAGAUGAGUAAUAGGCUUUGUCCUCUCUUGAAUUUAAAUGUCAAGUGUGCUUACUACAAUUCUUCUGGGGAAAAAAAAAAAAAAAUUAAAAGAUGGAGUCUUGAGCUUUUCUUACUAUGACUCACAAGCCCUAACAGCUAACCCUAUGACUGCUCAUUUGAGCUAAACCCUAGACUUGGGUUUUCAUUCUCUUCUGUAGCCAGAACUGGAAAUUUCAGCUGCUUUUUGAAGUUUCAAAAAACCAUUCUCAUGAAUCGGCACAUACAUGUGAUUUUGUUUGAUUUUUGAGCUUCUACUCUGCUUCUUGAUGUUAAGGUCUGUGCUUUUCAUGGAGAAGACAAACUACAUAACAAUGGAAGUCAUACUCAUAUUGGUAAUUCUCUGCUUAUGCAAUGCCUCUGUUCAGUGCAAAAAGAGGUCUAUCAAUCAUCUAUCCACACCGUCUCGCUCGCCGGAGCUCCAAAACAGUCUUCAAAGAAUCAUUCUGAGCACUUUCUCUGGAAUCAUAACAGGAUUGAUUUUCUCUCUUCUUUUUGCUUGCAUAAUUGGUUUCUUCAUUCGGUUUAUCGCCAAAACCCCAUUCCUCAAAGGCCCAGUAAUAUUUUCCCCAAACAUAGCUCCCAAAGCCCUCCAAUCAGCUCUUGCAAAUCAAAACCAGUUACUAGGUUCAAGCCCUAAUGGGAAUUACUUCAAGACUCUUCUUGACAAUGGGCCCACAGUAGCUGUCAAGAGGCUUGAACCCUUGGAAAAUGGAUCAAGAAAGUCAGUCAAGAGACGGAUGCAGCAGGAUGUCGAAUCCAUUGCUAGGUUAAGAGAUAGGAAUUUGAUGAGUUUAAGAGCUUUCGUUCGCGAACCCGACAGGUUUUCAUUGGUUUAUGACUAUAUUCCAAAUGGUAGCCUUGAAGAUGCCAUGAACAGAGUGAGGGAAAACCAGUUGGAGCUUAAUUGGGAAGUGAGGCUUCGGAUUGCGGUUGGGAUAGUUAAGGGGCUUCAGUAUCUGCAUUUUGGAUGUACACCUAGAGUUGUUCACUGCAAUUUGAAGCCAAGCAAUGUGAUUUUGGAUGCAGAGUUUGAACCAAGGUUGACAGAUUAUGGGUUGGAUAAGCUGAUGCCUAACUUGGAAUUGGAUAGAGCAGCAUCUGGAUACAGUGCUCCUGAGUGUUUCCAAGACUGCAGGUAUACUGAUAAGAGUGAUGUCUUCAGCUUUGGGGUAAUUCUGGGUGUCUUGUUAACUGGCAGAGAUCCAAAGGAACCAUUCUUUGGGGAAGCAGCUGGUGGGGGAAGUUUGGGAGGGUGGCUUAGGCAUCUGCAAGAAGCAGGGGAGGCACGAGAAGUGUUAGAUAAGCGUAUAAUUGGAGAAGAAGUAGAAAAAGAAGAAGAAGAAGAAGAAGAAGAAGAAGAAGAUGAUGAUGAGAUACUGAUGACAGUGAGAAUUGCAGUGGUAUGCCUAUCUGAUUUGCCUGAGGAUCGGCCUUCAAGUGAUGAGCUUGUUUCUAUGCUCACCCAACUGCAUAGUUUCUGAUUCACAUGUAAAAAAAAAAAUCCUUAAAACUUGCAUACUAAUGUUUAAUUUUGGGGUUAACUCAUUCAGCCCUUGGAGGUUUUGGUUGCUAUAAUUUUUUGUUUAUUUUUUUAGUAACAUUUUUCAA